UGGGCUUUGGAAAGCAACACAGAUGCAUGUAUGGAAGACUGUGGAGAUGGCCCAUGUCAAUUGUGCAGUCCCACACAAUCUUAUCCUGGCAUAAUGGGCAACCCCUACGAGAAUAAUUGCACUUUAUUGAAGAGGAAGGAUGGGCCUUUUAGUGACUGUCACUUGUAUAUUGAUCCUGAACCCUUUGUUCGUAGUUGUGAGAACAACCUGUGUCUCAGUGGAGCUGCCAGUUCAGUGUGUAAAGUGUUUGGAGCCUAUGCCAACAUCUGCCAGAGGCUUGGGGCCAGGAUCCAAAAUUGGAGAGCAAUAGCAAAGUGUCAUAUGGCUUGUCCUAUAAAUAGCCAUUAUGAGGUGUGCGGGUCGGCUUGCCAGGCAACAUGUGGUAACCCAGAUCCCAGCCAUAACUGCGGCCUUCCAUGUUUGGAAUUGUGCCAGUGCUACAGGGGAUAUCUGCUAAGUAAUGGCAAGUGUGUCUUGCCCAGCGAGUGUGGUUGUGUUCAAAAUGGCUCCUAUUUUCUCCCCACAAAGACCUUUUGGAUGGACCAGCAGUGUCAAGAGAAAUGCGUCUGCCAGCCUCAGUCCAAGACAAUUAUGUGCACACAGUCUCACUGCCAGGCUGGAGAAGUCUGCAUGGUUUUAAAUGGAGUCAUCGGCUGCCAUGCUGGGAGAGCUGGCCUUUGUGUGGCCAAAGGAUAUCCUCACUACACCACAUUCGAUGGCCGGAAAUUUGAAGUUCACGGCAACUGUAGCUAUCUGCUCACAUCGCAUUGUCCCACAUGGGGAGACCUGCAAGACUUCAGUAUCAAAUUUCAGAACCACGUCAAGGCAGGAGUUAAUGUUUCUUUUCAACAUGUUGAAAUGUCCGUGGCUGGUUAUUCCAUUGAAAUGUCACCUGAGUGGCGUAGCAAGGUUAUGGUAAACGGCCUGCUGCUGAACCUUCCUUCUGUUUUGAGCCAAGGCAAAGUAAUGCUGUACCUGAAAGGACAGUCAGAGUGUAUAGAAACGGACUUUGGUGUUGUUGUGACAUACAGCCCAGACAUCUUGACUGUCACAAUGCCCGAGGUCUUCGCUGGUAAUCUGUGUGGAUUGUGCGGGAACUUUAAUGAUGACCCACAGGAUGACCUGGUGACAGAUGACUUUGAUAUUACUCAAGCAGUCAGAUACUGGAGAACCAGUAGUGAACAUGAAUGUUGGGAUAUACCCAUGAGCACCUCGGGCUGCAGUCCACAAAAGCAGGAUCUUUAUCAGGGAAAGGAGUUUUGUGGGAGGUUAAUGAAUCCUUUGGGGGCAUUCCAGAGCUGCCACAAAAUAGUAGAACCACAAGAUUUCUAUGAUAACUGUGUUUAUGACCUCUGCAAUGGUAACCAGACAACCCUGUGCCAGAUUCUGUCCCGCUAUGUUGCCGUAUGUCAAGAAAUGGGCGCUGUAGUGCAUGAAUGGCGAGAUUCCAACUUUUGCUCUGUAACAUGCCCAUCUAAGAGUGAAUACCACCUCUGUUCUACCCACAUGUUUGCCUGUGCCCGAAACGCAAAUCCACUUUCAGAAAGAUGCAAGGAAGGCUGUUUUUGCAAGCCUGGGUUUUUCCAAAGUGGUGGGGAAUGUGUACCAAAUUCUGAAUGUGGUUGCAAUUAUAAUGGUGUUUACUACAAGAUCCAUGAAAACUUCUACCCUGAUGAGAACUGCCUUCGGUCCUGCGCAUGUGUGGGCCACAAUAUAGUGCAAUGUAGACACCACACAUGUCCUGCCAGAAUGAAAUGUGUCAUCAAACAUGGCCGUCGUGCAUGCCAUGGCUCACAUUUGAAAUGCACCGUCAUGGGUGGCAGACACUUUCAGACCUUUCAGGGGCAUUCCUUUGAUUUGAAUAUGGGGAUUUUGCAUCACCUCUUGUUCCAGCUCUGUGAUGAACCUGAGCUUUCUGCUUCUAUUUAUGAAGGCCAGCUGCACCUUAAAAUCCAUGACAUGAACCUGACACUGUCCGGAGAGCAUUUUGGAAAAGUUGAGAUCGACGGUCUUAUGAAGGCGCUACCUUUUUAUAUGAAUGGUGUAGCAGUACUGCCUUCUGGCUCACUGACUCAUAUCAUUGCUGCAGACCUGAGCACUGUGGUCACCUUUGGAGGACCCAAUUUAAUACAAUUGACUAUUCCAGCCACACACAAAAGACUUUGUGGCUUGUGUCAAAUUGGUACUACUGGUGCUACAGAUGACCAAGGAAGUAUGAUGUCCGAUGACUCCAUGCAUACAUCAUCCCUGUGCUUUUCUCCUACUGGAACAAACUGCGCCGUUGAAUGUCAUGAUUGUGUUUUAUGCAACUCCAUUACGGAAUUUAAAUCGGAUGGCCUCUGUGGCAUGUUGCUUGCUCCUGGAGGCUUUUUUGGGAUUUGCCAUUCCACAGUAGACCCAAUGCCAUUCUUCCACAACUGUGUGAAAGAUUUGUGCAGGUCAAAUGACACUGAAACGUUUUGUGACAGUUUGAGGCAGUACACGUUUGCUUGCCAGGAUGCAGGAGCUGAGGUCAAACCAUGGAGGGGUGACAAGUGUGCACUUUCCUGCCCUGAGCAUUCUCACUACAAUGUAUGUGGUAAUGCAUGCUCAGAGUCCUGCGCAAUAUCUGAUGUACCCUGUCCAUCGACCUGCUAUGAGGGAUGUCAGUGUGACUCUGGAUACAUGCAGAGUGGGAAUGGCUGUGUCAGACCGAAGCGAUGUGGAUGUUUCUACCUCGGGCAGCACUAUAAGGUUGGGGAAAUUCUGUGGACUGUCAACUGUUCCAAGCAGUGUACCUGCUGCUCCCCUGCCACCCUGUGCUGUAAAGCAGCUUUUUGCCCCAAGGGGCAGAACUGCAUAUUUGAUAAAAAUUGGCAAUGUGCAGAGAGAAAAAACUUCAUCUGCCCAGUAAAUAGCCAUUAUGAAUCCUGUGGGACAGCCUGCCCUGCGACCUGUGAAGCACACUUAAAUUCAUUCUGCACUGAAGCAUGUGUGGAAGGAUGCCAGUGUGACUCUGGCUUUCUUCUUGAUGGUGGCAUCUGUAUCACCCCAUCUCAGUGUGGCUGUACAUACAAUGGAGACCAUUACCACAGCAACGCGACCUUUUGGGCUGAUGAGUCGUGUACUCAACACUGUAUAUGUAAUGCCUACACGCACCAGAUUCAUUGCCGUGAUGCUUCUUGUGAUGAGGAUCAGUAUUGUGGCAUUCAAAAUGGAGUCAGAAGCUGUGUGCAGCAUCAUUAUCAGAUGUGCCGCUACACUGGUCAUCGUGUACUCACCUUUGACAAGCGUGAGUAUAAUUUCCUUGGCACCUGCAGGUAUCAGUUACUGGGCAUCUGUGAACAGUUGCCAGGUCUUGAUGUCAUCACAGUUGAUGUACAGGCAGAUACAUAUAAUCAGUCACAAAUGGUCUUGGUUAGCAUAAAUGGACAACAAGUGCAACUGGAUAACAAAAAUCCAGAAACCAUUGAGGUUGAUGGCACAAAGAGGAAUAUGCCAUUUUCUGCCAAUGGAACGACAUUGGUGUUUUCAAUGGGGCUGCACAUUUAUGUCUAUUCAACAUUUUUCUUUUUAAGUAUUAGCAAAGAAGGGAUCGUAGUCAUUAAUCUCUCCAGUAAAUAUGCUGAUGCCACUUGCGGCCUGUGUGGCAACUUCAAUUCUGAUCUUGCUGAUGACCUCACAGUAAAUAGCACAUGGGAGCAUCUCACUCCAGAGCAAUUUGGAAGAGCUUGGAGACUCGGACAGAACCGCGGGUGUGUGGAAGGCUGCCUUGGUGGAAGCUGUCCAAAUUGUUCAUCUGAGGCUUUGCACCCCUUCUCUGACCCAGUGGCUUGUGGGAAGAUUCUAGAAGUUAAUGGACCAUUCAGACACUGUCAUAGCAAAGUGGACCCUUCCAGCUUUUACAAGAGCUGCGUCAGUGACCUGUGUCUUUAUGGAGAUGUGCAGCCUGCAGUGUGCCGUUCCCUGGCAGAGUAUGCUGAUGUCUGCCUUCAUCACAAGGCUUUAGUUUAUGCCUGGAGGAGCUCUGAAUUUUGCUAUGAUGCAUGUCCCUCCAGUACCAGCUACAACAUGAGUAACUCCCCUGUUGACAUUUGCCUUGACUGGCUUAACUUGACAAUUCAGGUCCCUCCCAACAUUGGGGAGAACUGUCUCUGUGGAGCAGGUUUAGUCCACAGUGGAAGGAACUGUGUCAAUCCAGCCAACUGUGGCUGCUGGCAUGGAAAUUCAGAAUACAUCUUACCUGGACAAGAGAAGUCUACAUGUGAGCAAAGGUGUUUGUGUCAUCCUGGUGGAAACCUGACUUGUGUUGAUGUAUCAUGUAGUCAGGAGGAAGAGUGUACCCUUAUCGGGGGCAUUCUAGGUUGCCACCCCAAAGUUAAAAUGGCCAACUGCUACAUUAAUGGAUCCCAGUUGAGUACAUUUGAUGGAUACUUGUAUGAGUUCCGUGGCUCGUGCAACUACAUUCUGGUUCAAACAUGCAAGGACCUGACUAUGGAGCCACUUAUGAUUACCAUCAAUGGUAACCAGAGUGAAGGCAAACAGAUUUAUCUGCAAUUCAAUAAUAUGACUUUUAUGAUGUCAACUGCUUAUCCUGAAAACAUCCAAGUUAAUGAAAUAUAUGAGAAUCUCCCAUUCUCGAGGAACAAUGUAACUGUGCAUCAAAAAAAUGAAUGGAGAACUGUCAAGGUUGGACACCUGGUAGAGAUUACUUCUGACCUCGGCAACUAUGUAGCGGUCAAGCUACCAAAGGCUUAUCACCAGACAACAUGUGGUCUUUGUGGAAACUACAAUGAUGAUCCCUCGGAUGACAUGCAGCUACCCAAUGGCACCACUGUCUCCGAUCCAGACAUCUUUGGGCAAUCAUGGAAGUUGUCAGGCUCAGAAUCCUCCUGCAGCGAAACAUGUGACAGCACCUGCCAACGCUGUCGAUCCCCUGUGCCAGAGUAUACCUCUAACCUGUACUGUGGCCUUCUUACCCAGCCAAAGGGGCCCUUCUCCUCUUGUCACAAUUCGACAUGCCCACAGAAUUAUUACACCCAGUGCCUGAAUAACCUCUGUGUCGCAGAAGGCGAAAAACAAGCUUUAUGUGAAGCUUUAGAAGUGUAUGAUGCGGCAUGCAAAGUGGCUGGUGUGAAUGUUGACCCAUGGAGGAACAUCACAGGCUGUGCUCAGGAAUGUCCUCAGUUCAGCCAUUUCAGCCAGUGUGCCAACGUUUGCUCCUCCCUCUGUCCCGAGAUCAGCUUUUCUGCACAGUGUCCCAGAGACUGUGGGGAAGGAUGCCAGUGUGAUGCUCAUCACCUUUAUAAUGGUCAAGCAUGUGUGCCAGCCAAGCAGUGUGGCUGCAUGCAUGAAGAGAGGAGGCUUAAGGCCUCUGAAAGCGUACUUCUACCAAACUGUACUGUGAACUGCACCUGUGGGCCUCCACUUAUCUGUGAGGAAUACAAGUGUCCACCACUGCACAGUUGUAUGGUUUUAGACGGACUGUCUGGCUGCCAUAAAGAUGAGCAAGGCCAAGAUUCCUGUGCAGUAAAGUGUGACAAAUCGGAGCGUUGCCACAUGAGCAACGGUGAAGCAGUUUGUGAGAGUCGUCCGGGUCUGUGUUGGACCUGGGGAAGCCAACACUACCACACCUUCGAUGGAUUAAACUAUGACGUCAAGGGUACCUGCACAUACCUGCUUUCAGGCAGCAGAGGUGCAGCAGGUGGAGCGACACCUUUCUUGGUGUCUAAGAAAAGUGACUGCAAAGAAGUGUCCUCUAUGCAGCUGGUGACUGUGCAAGCAUAUGGCUUUGUCAUAAAGUUUGGAGACAAGGACAGUGUAUACGUUAAUGGUCAAGUAAAUUAUAUUCCUGUUACUCUUCUUUGGGGUAAGAUUGAAGUUUCUAACAAAGAGGGCAAAACUCUACUGAAGACUGACUUCGGGCUGCGUGUACUGUUUGACUGGAAUACCACUAUUCUUAUAACGCUGGACCCCAACUAUAAGGAUAUUGUCUAUGGGCUGUGUGGCAAUUUUAAUGGUGAUACUCAAGACGACUUUGCAAUUCAUUUGCACGGAGUCCGUCUCGCUAAAACGAGCGUGGAGUUGGCUCAAGCUUAUCGCGUUUUUGAUGGUGAUCAUAACUGUUGUACUGGUUGUGAAAAGAAUGCAUUGGAUAACUCUACAUUGCUGGAAGAUUUGUCAAAUGGAAUAGUUGUCACUCGGAGAAGUCAUUGUGAUGAUCUCAUUGAUCCAGCUGGUCCAUUUGCACAUUGUCACACUCAUCUCAGCUCGGACUCCUUUUAUCAAAGUUGCAUAGCGGACCUCAUACAAGGCAGAUCAGAGGCUUUUCUUAAACAGGCCACAACAUCCUAUUCUGUAAUUUGUGAAGAGCUAAGUGAUUACGUAGCCCCCGAACUGACAAUUGUUGCGAGAUGUCCACCAAACAGCCACUACAAGACUUGUGGGUCAGCCUGUCCCCCAACCUGUGAAUCUAAAAAGAGAGUCUGUCAUAGUGCUUGUGUCCAAGGCUGCUUCUGUAACCCCGGUUUCAUCAACAGUCCGGAGGGUUGCGUGCCUCCUAAGCAGUGUGGUUGCACCGACCCCAGAGGCAAAUACCACCGCCUGAAGUCCACUUUCUGGAUCCCAGAUGACUGUGGACAACUCUGCAUCUGUAAAUCAGGAGAACCUAAGUGCAGUUUAUCUCGGUGCCCGAAAGGAAUGUCCUGCAAGCAACUUCCUGACAAAAGGAUGUGUCAAGCUGACAAACCUCAGAACUGUAGUAUUGUCACUGGGAUGCACUUCACCACCUUUGAUGGACAUAGUUAUGACUUUAGGGACAGCUGUGCCUAUGUUUUAGUCCAAGCAACCACCAAUAUAAAUGGAUCUGAACCAUUCAACAUCACUAUCUCGGAUGCAAGUUGCCACAAAAGAUUCUUUCAUAGCUUAACUUUAACACUUUCAAUAUACAAUUUGAAAGUAGUCGUUGGCAAAGGUGACUCUGACAAAGUGCUGGUCAAUGGACUGCAUAAGCCUUUGCCAUACUCGCACCAUACAGGACAUUUCACUGCUUACCAAACACCUUCAUCUCUAGUUAUUCAUGUUGAUAUGGGAUUGCAGGUGACGGUCUAUAAAACUGGCACUGUGAUGGUGGGCCUCCCAAGUAGUUAUGAAUCAUUUGUUCGCGGUCUCUGUGGGAAUGCCAACUCUGACCCUUAUGAUGACCAAAUCAUGCCAGAUGAAGAGGAAGCUCAAAAUACACUCGAGUUUGUUCACAGCUGGAGAUUGGGAGGCGCGAUGGCCUGUAGGUCUCGCUGCACUUCCAGACCGAAGAACUGCCCUGCGGAUGCACGGAAACGUUUUGAAGGAACUAAUUUUUGUGGGAUACUCAGGGAUGAGUUUGGUCCUUUUGCAGAGUGCCUUUUAGUUCUGAGUCCAAAGCUGUACUUCCACAACUGUUUAGCAGACGCCUGUUUUUAUGGAGGACAUUAUUUAGCACUUUGCAAUUCCAUCACAGCCUUUGCAGCUGCCUGCCAAGCAGCUCAGUUGCCUAUCAGGCACUGGAGGAGUGAUACCUUCUGUGGUAUGACAUGUCCCAAAAAUAGUCACUACGAACUGUGUGGACCUCGAUGUCCUGUUGUAUGUGAAGGACUUUCCUCUGCAACAAAAUGCAGUGGCGGUUGUGAGGAGGGUUGCCAGUGUGACCCUGGCUUUGUCCUCCGUAAUGAUCGUUGUGUACUGGUAGCAGACUGCGGUUGCUUUUAUGAAGGACAAUACCAUCCCGCUGGUUACUUUUCAGAACCAAAAAACUGUCGCAUUUGUUACUGUCGUGAGGGGAAAGUGACUUGCAGACCAUCACUCUGUAGACCCAAAGAGCCUUUCUUGUCAAGUGAUGGCCUUUUUGAGCCAACACCUCGGCAUCAUGGAGCAUGUGAAGUUUUUGCUGGGUUUGGCUACGUCACUUUUGAUGGUUUGGUUAUACGUCACCAUGGCGCUUGCACCUUUUUAGUGUCUGAACGCUCUCCCAAAGAUAUACAUGGCCACAGUCUGCUGCUUAGCUUUGAGGAGGGUGUAGAUGACUCCGUUUUUACUGUCAGCAAGGUAGAAUUUAUUCUGGCUGCAGUGGAAAUAACCAUCAAUCCAGAAGCGCCUUGGAAAAUACAAGUAAAUGGCGAGGACUUCAAGGUGCCCUACAGUAUUGAUGUACUUAAAGCUUAUGAAGAUGGUGGUCGGUUGAUCAUCACAUCUGUGGCUGGGGUGAGUCUUGAGGUGUCCUCCACAAAGUAUCUCAGGCUGAGCAUACCUCAGGAUUAUAAUGGCACAACUUCAGGCCUUUGUGGGAAUUUCAAUGGGGACAAAUCUGACGACCUGCAACUACGAAGUGGUUAUCUAGCCAAAAAUAUUUCAGCAUUUUUCCAUGACUGGUCUAUUGUUGCUCCUGGAUGGAAUUGCAGUGGGUCUUGUGGAAAGGACUGUGGUCAGUGCACAUUGUCGGCAAAGGCCGAAACAAUUUGUGACAUCCUCUUGACCACACAUACUGAAUUCAAUUACUGCUGGAACAAGGGUGUUAAACCCCAAGUAUACAGAGACAUGUGCCUCAGAGCCAUUUGUGGUGGGGCUGCAUAUACUGAAGCAGUUUGUCUAGCAUUGGAAGCCUACAUGGCAGCUUGCCAGGCCAAAGGAGUAAAUGUCGGUUCCUGGAGAGAAAACAGCCCUUGCUCUUUCAAGUGUCCUGACCGCAGCAGCCCAAGUCAGUGUGUUGACUACAAUUCCAACUCAUGUCCUGCCCUGCUGCAUCCCGAGUCCUCAGCAGAUGGGUGUUCAGAAGGAUGCCGGUGCCAGAAUGGGAAAGUGUUUGACGAGGGCGAAUGUGUACCGGUCAGCCAGUGUGGGUGUGUGCUUCAUGGUAAAUAUAUUAAGAUUGAUGAGCAGCUGUACAGCGAGAACUGCACAGAGAGAUGCUGGUGCCACCCUCAAGGCGGCGCCUUGUGUGAGAAGGCUGCUUGCAGCCCUGGGCAGUUGUGCUCUCUGAAGAACGGCUACUGGAGUUGUGUUGGCCGGGAAGUCUGUCAACUCAAAGACAGCCUACAGCUCUCCACUUUCAACGGGCAGCAGCUGAGCUUGGCACCACAGACGCCUUACCAACUGAUAGGCCUUUGCGACGAGACCUCUAAAAAUUGGUUUAACCUCAUUUCUUACUAUGGACGCUGUGAUAGACGUGGCAGCAGGCUUGUUACAGUGUUCCAAAUCCUCCUUGUGGGAUCCUCAAUUGUUAUCCAGGAUGGCAUUGUGAAGGUGAAUGGACACCUUGUGCCUUUGCCUUACACUUUGCCUUUAGGGGUGUCCCUGUCAUCUGCCAUGGCCCAGGACAAGUCUGAAGUGGUAGUGGUCCUGACGAGAGAGGCUGGACUGGAAUCAGAGUUGGAAAUGGAGAUCGGAAUCACUAUGGCCACUCUCAAGGCAGCUCCUUGGUAUGCUGGAAAGUUAUGUGGCAUCUGUGGAAAUCUGAGUGACCCCCAAUGGCAUACAUCGGUCAAGUCAUGGGCGCUUUCAGACUUUCAAGGCUGCCUGACUCUUUGAAACGGCAGCGUUUCCAUUUAUAAUGUUGACUCAUCCAAUAAAACGAUUAAAAU